ACGCGCGAGUAGCGGCAGCAGAAGCAACAGCAGCAGCAGCGGCAGCACAUUUUGUACACGUUGGUACCUCCCUGAGUGUAUCGCUCGUCUCACUGUACUGCAGGUGCUUUGCAUAAGGGAGUUGCUUUCGCCUCAACAGUGUGUUAGACGCUACCUGAAGUCAUGGCUGACCAGGUGGCCGCCAUGUGUGAUCAGCUUGUGAAAGCUGUGAAUGUGAUUAUGGACGCAGAAACAAGUCAAAUUUACCGACUGGAGGCCCUAAAGUUUUGUGAAGAGUUUAAAGAGACGAGCUCCUUGUGUGUCCCAUGUGGCUUACAAUUAGCUGACAAAGCUCAGCCAGCAGUAGUGAGACACUUUGGUUUGCAAAUCCUAGAGCAUAUCAUCAAAUUCAGAUGGAACGACAUGCAGCAACAGGAGAAAGUCCACCUGAAGGAGAGCGCCAUGCAACUGUUAUCAAAUGGUACUCAUUCAAUCUUGGACGAGGAGAGCCACAUCAAAGAUGCGCUGUCACGAAUAGUUGUGGAAAUGAUAAAGAGAGAAUGGCCUCAGCAUUGGCCAGAUAUGCUGAAAGAGAUGGAGACUCUCACUAGCCAAGGGGAGGCCCAGACAGAGCUGGUCAUGCUGAUCCUUUUGAGGCUGGCUGAGGAUGUGAUCACCUUCCAGACGUUGCCUACCCAGAGACGCAGAGACAUACAGCAGACACUCACCCAAAACAUGGAAAGCAUCUUCACUUUCAUGAUGGGCAUUCUGCAAAUUAAUGUGGAGGACUAUUGUAAACUGAAAGGUUCUCCUGAAAAUGAACUGCAGAUGAGAGCUCACUGUCGAGUUGCUGUGGCUACACUGAAUACACUCGCUGGCUACAUAGACUGGGUCUCUCUGGUGUACAUAACCUCCAGAAACUGUCAUCUGCUGGAGAUUUUGUGUCUGCUGCUGAGUGAGCCGGAGCUGCAGCUCGAAGCAGCGGAGUGUCUGCUCAUUGCUAUGAGCCGCAAGGGCAAGCUGGAAGAGAGGAAACCAUUCAUGCUUCUGUUUGAUGAUGUGGCCAUCCAGUAUAUUCUUUCUGCAGCCCAGUCUGCAGAUGGACUGGCGAUAUGUCAGAAAUCCACGGAAUCACAAGCAGUGGAGGUGGUGGAGCGGCGUUACAUCUUCCUGAAGAGGCUCUGUCAGGUCCUGUGUGCUUUGGGAGGUCAGCUUUGCUCAUUAGUGGGUUCAGACGUAGAGGCUGAAGUACCUGCAAACCUCAGCAAGUACAUGGAAGCCCUUUUAGCCUUCACUACGCAUUCCAGUCAGUUUUUAAAGUCCUCAACCAUGGCGACAUGGGGAGCUUUGUUCAGACAUGAGGCUCUUUCGAAGGAUGCAGUUGUUGUUGAGAUGGCCGUCAAAUUUCUCAGAGCCUCCAUGACCAACUUAGUUAAGGCUGGGUUCCCGUCUAGAGACAAUAACCCAAGCUGCAAGUACUCCCGUGUGGACUUUGACAGUGAUGAGGACUUCAACUCUUUUUUUAAUUCUUUCCGAGCGCAGCAGGGGGAAGUUUUGAGGAGCGCAUGUCGCAUUGUUCCUCUAGAGGCUUUCCGGAUAGGAGCAGAAUGGUUACAGUAUCAGAUUACCAGUCCAAUAGAUACUGGAGAUACCGCAUCUAAGACUGCAGAGGGCCUGUGUUCCCUCUUGUCUCCUUCAGUGGUCCAGUGGGAUGCAAUGACGGUUUUCAUGGAGUGCAUGGUCUCGCAGAUCAUUAAAAGUGUGGAUGAGGAGAAUUUACCCAUCGAUCAGAGCAUGGAGCUACUGCAAGCCGUGCUGAACUACGACACCAAAGACCCGCUCAUUUUGUCCUGUGUGCUCACCAACGUCUCUGCCCUUUUCCCAUUGGCCAUACACAGACCACGCUUCCUGCCACAGGUCCUCAUCAAGCUCUUUAAGGCUGUCACAUUUGAAAUUGAUCACGAACCCAAAGCACCUUGGACUCGAGCUGUGAAGAAUGUGAGGAGGCACGCCUGUUCUUCCAUCAUAAAAAUCUGCCGGGAUUACCCACAGUAUAUGCUGCCUUGUUUUGAAAUGUUCUACAAUCAUGUGAAGGAGCUGUUUUCGAGCGGAGUCACGCUCACUCACAUGGAGAAAUGCGCCCUGAUGGAAGCUCUGGUUCUCAUCAGUAACCAGUUCAAAGACUAUGAGAAGCAGAAGGCAUUUGUAGAUGAACUGAUGGCCUCAGUGGUUGCAGAGUGGACUUCAAAUGAGAUUAGGCAUGUGCUGUGGAACCCAGACACAUUCUUGUCCUUUAUUGGAGCAGAUAAGGUGGUCACGGAGCAAAGUGAAGAUGCAGAUACAGCAGCCAUUAAUAGGGGGAGAUUGAGCUUCUGUUUGUAUGCCAUAUUGGCGGUGGUGAAGCGGGCGCACUGGCCUGCAGACCUGGAGGAGGCCAAGGCUGGUGGCUUUGUUGUGGGCUACACUCCUGCUGGAGCUCCCAUGUACAGAAACCCCUGCACUGCCCAGUUUCUGAUUUUGCUGCCCAAUUUACUAGCACUAAUCAGGACCCACAACAGUCUUUUCCUGCCUGAGAACAUGGCCCGUCUCAGUGAGACGUUCAGCAGAGCUCAUGAGAUCAUGGAUAGUGAGAAGAAAGUGGUUCUUGGUCUCUCUCAUCAUCUUUUGGAUAUUUACGACUCUCCCGUGUGUAAAACCAUGAUAGAGCGCAUGCAGGGAUUUUUCUGCACAUUAUAUGAUAACUGCUACCAAAUCCUGGGAAGUGCAGGUGUGUCAAUGCAGCAGGAUUUCUACAACAUCGACAAGUUGGCUGAAGGAAUAGCUGGCUCUGCUUUCGUCUCCCUCGACCAUGUGCCCGAUCACAGACUUCGCCCAAUGAUUCGUCUGUUUCUGAGGCAGCUGGUGCUGUCUUGUCCCCAGGAGUACUAUGAAAGUCUACUCUGCCCUCUGCUGGGACCAUUGUUUGGCUACAUGCUGCAGAGACUCAACAUGAGGUGGCAGGUCAUCAACCAGCGGACAUCUAUCAAUGGUGAGCACGAAGAGGAGGAGUUGGUUUGUCAGGAAAGCCAGGUGACCCAGGAGAUGUUGGAAGAGCAAGUAGUACGCCUGCUGACGAGGGAGGUGCUGGAACUUCUCACUGUGACCUGUAUUUCCAGAAAGGUAUCCGAACCUGCAGCCAAUAAGGAGGAAAUGGAUGAGGAAGAUAUGAUGAUGGAUUCAGUGCAGUCAGUGUCUCCUGCUCAGCCCACAGAGGAGCUGACAGAGCUGGGGAAAUGUCUCCUGAAGCAUGAGAACCUCUACAUGUCCCUGCUGACCCUGUCCUUUACCUCACUGUCCUGGAAGGAUGCCACCAACUGUCAUCGCACUGCUUCCCUGGUCUGCUGGACUCUGCUGCGGCAGGUUGUUGCGGGUAAUCUUCUUACUGAAGCUGUUACGUGGUUCUUUACCAGCGUUCUCAGAGGCCUUCAAGUUCAUGGGCAGCAUGAGGUCUGCAGCUCUACCCUCUCUCAGUUGGCAAUGCUCAUCUAUGAAAACCUGGUGAGGCAAAUUGUGAACAUAUCUGACAUAUUUAGAUAUUUGCUCUUUUUUUCCCACCCUUUAGAGGACUUAUUUUGCUUUCAUUACUAAUUAAUCUGUUGUUUAUAUUCUGCUUUGAUCUAUAAAAUGACAGAUUAUAGUGAAAAAGUCUUGAUCAGAAUGAAAGAUUUUUCAAGAUAUAAACUUAAAAAAAAAAAAAAAAAAAAACAAGAAUUUGCAACACUAGAAUUGGCGAAGAUUUGAGAGUUUUGCAUGACAAAUAACGUCUGUCUUUGGGAUGAAGUAAAAUUGACUUUUGUUUUGGAGACUGGUGUAAUACAUUCCCAAAAUUUAAGUUUCAUAUCAUCUUGC